AUGGCUUUUCAGGUUGCAAAGCGCGACCUUCGCAAGAGGAUGCGCUCAAUCCUGCAGGCCAGCGCAGCAACAACCAAUUUCUUGUCAUUGCCCGAGUACCAAAGCGCUAAAAGCAUCGCCGUAUACCUGUCUAUGCCAAGCGGGGAACUCUCAACAAAUGGGAUCGUAAAGGAUGCUCUACAGCAAGGGAAGAACGUCUAUAUCCCGUAUAUUCAUACCCAGGACAAAAAAUCCAUCAUGGACAUGUUCGCGCUGAAAUCCAUGUCCGAGUUCGAGUCAUUACAGCUGGACAAAUGGGGAAUCCCAUCUCUCUUGUCUACGCAAAUUGAAGGUCGACCGAACGGAUUGACACAAGGCUUGGAUCUUAUUGUCAUGCCGGGCAUGGCCUUUGACCACGGGUUCCGACGACUUGGUCAUGGCAAAGGGUAUUAUGAUCAUUUUUUAACGCGAUAUGCAACAACGACCCGCAGUAUGCCAUUCCUCGUUGCCCUUGCUCUUCAAGACCAGUUGCUCGCCGAGGAUAUUCCUGUGGUGGAGCAUGAUUGGUUGGUAGAUGCGAUCGUGGUUGGUGAUGGUCAAUUCUUAGACCGCAGGGUGUAG